GAAAAGGCAAUCUGAAAUAACUUCCCACAAUUAAAUUCCUUUCUUGCUUUCCAUAUCUGAAACCUGAGGAAUGUUCUUCUCUUCAAUCGCCAUUCUUGUUUCUGUUUCAGCCUUAUGUCUCUCUCACUCUUCACCAAAUAUAACAUUUCUUAAUGUCUUUCAAUGUGAGUAUAUAUAUCAAAAGAUCACAAGGAAAGAGCAGAGCAAUUAUUACUUCCUUCAUCGAGAAAGUUGUGUAAUUGUUGGAAGAAAUGGCCACUGCAACAGCCGCGUUGAUGAGAUUAGAUACCCCAAUUGCUGAAAGUCUAACCGAUGCAUUGAAGCAAACCCAUAAUCCAACGAAGAAAUGCUUUUCCAGGUUUAUUGUGAAUGGGAAAAGGUUGAUGAAAUCCCAAAACUUGAUGAAGGAUGUGGAGAUAACAAUUGAAGACAAGCGUGAGAGGAGCCAGGUUUUGGAAGGCUUGCUUGGCUAUAUUCUCAGUAACACUCAGGAGGCAGCUGUUGUCCCUCCGAAUGUCGCUCUAGCUGUGCGGCCGAGUCCUGGUUUUUGGGAGUUUGUUAAGGUGAAUGCUGAUAGUUUGGAAGUAGAAGGCCUUACAGCUUCGGAGUACUUGAGAUUUAAGGAAGCCAUCUUUGACGAGAAUUGGGCAAAUGAUGAGAAUGCUGUGGAGAUAGAUUUUGGAGCCAUUGAAUUCAGUGCCCCUCGCUUGAGCCUUCCAUCGUCGAUCGGAAAUGGUGUCAGCUUGAUCUCGAAAUUCAUCAGCUCAAGGUUUGGAAAGGAUACACAGAAUGUUAAGGAACUUGUUGAUUAUCUGCUGGCUCUUCACCAUCGAGGACAGAGCCUUAUGAUCAAUAAGAAACUUAACACAGUUUCCAAGCUUCAAACGGCAGUGCUUGCAGCACAAGUGUAUGUAUCUUCACUGCCAAAAGACACACCAUAUGAAGAAUUUAAGCACAGGAUGAAAGGCUGGGGAUUUGAGAGAGGAUGGGGAAGUACUGCAGAAAGAGUCAGAGAAACAAUGUUAACUCUUUCUGAGGUUCUCCAAGCACCAGAUCCAGAAAAACUGGAGUUACUGUUUAGCAAGCUUCCAACCACAUUCAAUGUAGUAAUCUUUUCGCCUCACGGCUAUUUCGGCCAGGCGGGCGUCCUCGGAUUGCCCGACACCGGUGGUCAGGUUGUCUACAUUCUGGAUCAAGUGAGAGCUUUAGAAGAAGAAUUGCUGCAUAGGAUUGAGCAGCAAGGCCUGAAAGCAAAGCCUCAGAUUAUUGUGGUGACGAGACUUAUACCCGACGCGCAAGGGACGAAGUGCAAUCAGGAGUUGGAGCCUGUUGAAAACACAAAGCAUUCUCACAUUCUCAGGGUCCCAUUUUUCACACAGAAUGGCAUCCUUCGUCAAUGGGUUUCGCGCUUCGACAUCUAUCCAUACUUGGAAAAAUUUGUCAAGGAUGCCACUGAUAAGAUCCUUGAAGUUAUGGAAUGUAAACCAGACCUCAUCAUUGGCAACUACACUGAUGGAAACUUGGUUGCUUCUUUGAUGGCUAAGAAACUUGGAAUUACACAGGGAACUAUCGCACACGCUUUAGAGAAAACUAAAUACGAAGAUUCAGAUGCUAAAUGGAAGGAGCUUGAUCCCAAGUAUCAUUUUUCCUGUCAAUUCACAGCUGACAUGAUCUCAAUGAAUGCAACUGAUUUCAUUAUAACCAGUACAUAUCAAGAAAUUUCCGGAAGCAAAAGCAGACCUGGACAAUAUGAAAGCCAUGAGGCUUUUACUAUGCCUGGGCUUUAUAGGGUUGUCUCAGGUAUCAAUGUGUUUGACCCCAAAUUCAACAUUGCUGCUCCUGGGGCUGAUCAAUCUGUCUACUUUCCCUACACAGAGGAAUCGAAGCGAUUGACUAAAUUUCAUCCCGAAAUUGAGGAACUACUUUAUGGCAAAGAAAACAAUGAUGAGCACAUAGGUUUCCUUGCAGAUAGGAAGAAGCCAAUAAUCUUCUCAAUGGCAAGGCUUGAUACAGUUAAAAAUAUUACAGGACUGACUGAAUGGUAUGGUAAAAACAGGAAGCUGAGAAGUUUAGUAAACCUUGUGGUUGUGGCUGGAUUCUUUGAUCCAUCCAAAUCAAAGGACAGGGAAGAAAUUGCAGAGAUCAAAAAGAUGCAUUCCCUGAUAGAAAGAUAUAAACUCAGGGGACAAAUCAGAUGGAUAGCAGCUCAAACUGAUCGGUUUCGCAACGGCGAGCUAUACCGGUGCAUCGCGGAUACAAAGGGAGCUUUUGUGCAGCCUGCACUUUACGAGGCUUUUGGCCUAACAGUCAUUGAGGCAAUGAACUGUGGAUUGCCUACUUUUGCAACAAACCAAGGAGGCCCCGCAGAGAUUCUUGUCGACGGAGUCUCGGGGUUCCACAUCGAUCCGAACAACGGAGAUGAAUCAAGCAAAAAGAUUGCUGCCUUCUUUGAGAAGUGCAAGUCAGAUGCUGGAUAUUGGAACAAGAUGUCCGAGGCCGGUCUUCGGCGAAUAUACGAAAGCUACACUUGGAACAUAUAUGCAAAGAAAGCUCUGAACAUGGGAUCAGUUUAUGGGUUUUGGAGGCAGUUAACCAAGGACCAAAAACAAGCCAAGCUGAGAUACAUUGAAAUAAUCUACUCUCUCUUGUUUAGGAAAUUGGUGAAGAACAUUCCAGUCCCUACCGAAGAAUCCUCGCCAGCUCCAACUACCGCAACCACGCCACAACAGCCGAACUCGGAGCUCCGAUCCAGGAAACCAGCUGCGGCUCAUUCCGAGCCAAGACCAAGGAACGGAGAUCAGGGUGGCUAUGGGCUAUGGAACAUAAAAAAUGGAAGCCCUUUGGGAAAAUGGUGCCUUUUGGGUGCCUCCCUCUUUCUUGCUUACUACAUUCUAAGGAAGUUUUCUGGAGUUGAUCAAGCAUACGGUGAUUUACCGUUAUAACCCUUUUAAUACUUCCAACUUUAUUUAUAUAAAUUAAUUAAAAUAAUCAUUGGUCAGUUCAAAUAACUUGUUAUGAGAUUGCCAACCCAUGUGGACUACUCUGUACCAAUUGACGCACAUGAAUAAAUUCUUUUUUUUUUUUUCUUUUUGAA